ACUGCUGAGGAUGGAACGAUUGUAUAUUAAGAUCAAUGGACGCAGCUUCACGCAGCAUUGACUGAUCAUCUGUUAUCUGAUAGUGCGGUCCUUCUGCGGUCUACUGAGGCCCCUCAGAUAGAUACUGGAUGCCUGACUGCAGGAGAGCAGCUGGAAAAGCAUCUCAGUGAGCUGAGGAAUAUUGUGGUUGGCUCCAGCAGUCCACGGCUGCGUGAUUGUUCCGUGGAAAACGUGAGCAGAAAGAGGAAUGUGAACUGAACGAGCCGCGGUCUAACCUCGUGUAGAAGGAAUACGCUGGGAAUUGUCACUCAGGAUAUCCCCGUUCCGUCAGGGAUUCGCCUGUUUGUUUGUUUUUUGCAGUGAAGGCGCACAGUCUGUUAUCCAUUUAUUCAGAAUAACUGCAGAAGACCAGCACCAUGAUGACUGCACGGGAAAUAAUCAAGAAGAAACCGCCCAAAGACAGUCUGACGCUGCUACCCUGCUUCUAUUUUGUAGAGCUACCCAUUGUGGCAUCCUCCAUGGUUUCACUGUACUUCCUGGAGCUGACGGAUGUGCUCCAGCCGGCGCAGGUGGGGUUUCGCUGUCAUGACCGUUCACUCAGCAUGCCGUACGUGGACAGCGGUGAUGAGCUCAUCCCUCUGCUCAUGCUCCUGAGUCUGGCGUUCGCCGGCCCUGCUGCCUCUAUCAUGAUAGGUGAAGGUCUACUGUAUUGUAUGCAGUCGAAACUGAAGGUCCGUCCAGGGAUUGAGGGAAGCAUAAAUGCUGGUGGAUGUAAUUUUAACUCUUUCCUGCGGAGAACUGUUCGUUUUGUUGGGGUUCAUGUGUUCGGUCUUUGUGCAACAGCACUGGUUACUGAUGUCAUCCAGCUGGCCACUGGCUACCACACACCAUUCUUUCUCACAGUGUGCAAACCCAAUUAUACCGUCCCCGGUGUGUCCUGUGACAAGAACCCUUACAUCACCAAAGACAUUUGCUCUGGCCAGGAUCAGAAUGCUAUUCUGUCUGCCAGGAAAACCUUCCCUUCCCAGCAUGCAACCCUCUCUUCCUUUGCUGCUGUUUAUAUUUCAAUGUACUUCAACUCAACAAUCUCCGAUAGCACCAAGCUGCUCAAACCCGUUCUGGUGUUUGCCUUUGCCAUUGUGGCUGCGUUGACGGGACUCACUCAGAUCACCCAGUACCGCAGUCACCCUAUCGAUGUUUACGUUGGGUUCUGUAUUGGUGCUGGUAUUGCCGCAUACCUGGCUUUCCAUGCUGUUGCCAACUUCAAAUCUCCAGAGGAAGCUGUCAACCCACAACCUCCUACUCUGCAAAAGGAUGCUUUGAGGGCUCUGGCCCAGAGAGGCCAUGACUCGGUCUAUAACAAAAGCCACGCCUCUGAGAGCAAUGAGGAAAUAACAUCACCAGCAUCUCUAGAUGGGCUGAACCGGCCUUUACAGCGGGAGAAAACCUCGUUGGGAAGCUUAAAGAGAGCCAGUGUCAAUGUGGAGCUACUGGCGCCUCGCAGCUCAAUGGGUAAGGAGACAAUGGUGACCUUCAGCAACACAUUACCCCGUGCUAAUCCAGAGGAGCCAACGAGGCGUCUGGUGACAGUACCUGUACCACUGGACCCAAUGCGGUCACAGCAAUUAGUGUCUGAAUGGAAGCAAAAGUCAAUGGAGAUGCGAGGCGGCAGCUUGCCCGAUGAGGACACUAGCGAGCAGGGCUCAGAUGGUGGCAACGACACAACCACAGAGGAGGAUAGCGUCCACUCUUCAGUCUAUUCGUCUGUUCAACAAUCAACCAAACCUGCUAACCCACCUGCAGGUACAAGAGUGGUGAUGCCCCCUCGUCCCCCAGCACAGCCCUCGGCCCCCCCACCUGUGUCCCCUAAAAGCGCCAGCACUCGGGCCAAAUGGUUGUCCAUCACAGAAAAAAGUGGUGCUAAUAUCCCAGUUCUUAAGGCAGGAAAUCAGCCUCGGAUCAUGCAGGUCAUUGCCAUGUCAAAGCAACAGGGACUCCUGUCUGGAUCAGCCAGAUCCUCAGAGACUUCAUCCUCUUCUGGUACCUCAUCCAUCACAGGUACAGAAUCAUCACCUAAUCGUUCAGAACGUGAUAGCGGUUCAGGCAUCAUCACAGUUGAUGCCCAUGCACCCCACCUCCCUGUAGUUCGUAUGACCUCCAACCCCAACAACCCCUGGGAGUGGAGAGGAUCUUCUGAUGGAAACACGGCCGAGUCGUACGAGCUUAAAAACCUCAACCGUGAGGGUUCCUGCAGUUACCGUCACAUCAGAAGCAUCUCUCCCUGUUCCUCCGUCAGUGAGACUGAACACAGGCCACCCCAGCCUCUUCAACCUCCCCAGCCACCACUUCCCCCUCAACUCCCACCGGUGGGUCAAACCACAGAGGGUCGCAGUCUGCGCCGAAAGACCCCUCUAGUUCUUCUGGAUAGAGAGGCCAAUCUGAACCACACUGAACAGGUCAACUACUACAAAAAGCUACAAAGUAGCAGGCAUUUCAAAGAGUGACAAUGUGCUGACUUAUAUUUGAGCACAACUACACUUUUUGGUCUUUGGGUUUUCAUUUCUUGAUUUGAUUCCAUGAGCAAUAUCUGAAUAACUGGAUCCACUACACAUUGAGUCAGAAGAGCAUUUGAGAGAUGUUGCUUCUGACAACGUAAGAGCACAGUGGUUUUGUCCUCUGAGGGCAAACCAAACUACACUAUCAAGAUUCCAAUAAUUUCUAUUGUGUUUAUAUAAUAUCCAUAUAAUCAAAUUCCAACAAUGCCAAUUGUAAAAUACGGUUUGGGUUUAUUUUUAUUGCUGUUCUUUUUUGUUCAUACUUAAACGUGUGACUGAGAUGUCAAUUUGAAUUUAUGUGUAUGUGUGUUUACGCACGAUUCUUUAGUGUAUUUUGUGGUGAUACAAUAAUAUUAGGAACUAUUUGAUUGCCUUGUAGCUAUCAUGGUGAAAACCGAUUUAAAUUAUUUGGUUGGCUCUUUAUGAAUGAUAAUUGUUCUGAAAAAGGGUAGCGUCCUUCAUUCUACAUCUGACUAUAAUUGUUUAUAAACUGUUCUGGACAUUCUGCAAGUCUACUGAAGACUCCCUGUGUAAAAUGGUGGAAAUAUGGAAGCACUUUGAAUAAGCACUGUGUGUAAACAAGUGAGGUGAACUCAAUUGUCUGAGAUAUUCCAAAGGAAUAUUAGACUGUCCUGGACACUUUAAGAAAAGUAUUUUCUCAUAAUUCAUGAUGUACCUUAUAGUGGAACAUCAGCUGGACAACAGGUCCAUUGAAAUAUUUACUGCAAAAGAAAAAAAUAUUAUUAUUAUUUAUUUAUUUAUUUGGUGUAAAUCACAAAAAAAAAAAAAAACAUUUCUACAACUCUCUGGGAUUUAUCUGUAAUAGUUAGUGAUCUCCUUGUCAUGCUUUUUCCCAGAGGUUCUCCUCUAAAUGAUCAUGAUGCAUGUUAUGUGAGUGUCGUCGAGGUGGAAGUGAAGCCUUGUCAGUGAACAAUUCCAAUCUGUUCUCAUGUACAUGUACAGCCGUCACUGCAGGUUGAAUUCUGUGUGUGUCAGCUCUCUCUUCACGGUGCUCUGAUCUGCUCCUGGAUCUCUGUAGAUGGUUGUCCGUAAUGGAUGCUUCGUGCUGUUGAUGCAGUUUCUGAAAAAAGACAACAAAAAUUACAACAAUAAACAAGCUGCAGUAAAUUAAAAUAUGUGUAAACUGCAAACCUUGCCCAUCCCUUUAAUGCACUGAAAUAUUUUCUGUUCAUCUUUAUAGACUUCUUUAAUUAAUAAAGUGGAUCCUGCCUACA